AUGCAGACAUCCCGAGCUGGAUACCAGGCUGUCCAGGCAUCGACCAAGGACUUAUGUGAAGUUGUCCUUCUGCUGUUGUUUGGCUGGUUCUACAAACGGCGCAUCACAUCAAAGCGACCUGCACUGCCAAUGAAUGAUGGAGCAGAAGACUUUAGAACUGGUGUGUUCUCUUGCUGCAUGCAAGAAAGAGGAUGCAACUGCUUCUGGGCCUUCUUCAUGCAACAAGUUCGCAUGGGAGAUACUUUUCAGGCCUCUGGUGUGACGAGUUUCUGGGCACCGACUGCAGUUUUUGUCGCAUCCAGAAUCAUUGCCAACCUCAUGGGUCUGGUACCAGGCAUGCCAGCUGGACUUCCGACGACGUCCAUGUUUUUCUUCCAGGCGGUAUUCUAUGCCCGCUGGCGGAAUGCUUUGCGAAGGGAGCUCUCUCUUCCCCGGAAUGAUUGCGGUGAUUUCUGCCUCUAUAGCCUGUGUGCACCAUGCUUGGCCGCACAGGAGGCCAACGAGAUCGAUAGACUGAGUGGGGUCUACGUCGGCUGUUUCAAAAUUGAAAUUGUGGGGCAGCCGCUCAUAGCAAGGUGA